AUGUCUGUCUGCCCAACCACCUCCGCACCCGGCCAUCUGGCCAAGUACAUGGACCUCCCCCAGCCCGAGAACCUCAUCCAGGCGGAGUACGUCUGGAUCGACGGAACCGGCGGCUUGCGCUGCAAGACAACCACGAUGGAUCUGCCCAAGUCCGGCCAAGUGACCGUGGCCGACUGCAAGGAGUGGAACUUCGACGGCUCCUCAACCGCACAGGCCUCGGGCACCGACUCGGACGUCUUCCUGCGUCCCGCCGCCGUCUUCAAAGACCCCUUCCGUCGGGGCAAGAACGUGCUCGUCCUCGCCGAAUGCUACAACUCGGACGGGACGCCGAACAAGACCAACUUCAGAUACUCGUGCAAGAAGUCCAUGGACGCCGCCGCCCAACACAAGCCCUGGUUCGGCAUCGAGCAGGAGUACACCCUCUUCGAUGCCGACGGCGUCCACCCCUACGGCUGGCCCGUCGGCGGCUUCCCCGGCCCGCAAGGCCCCUACUACUGCGGUGUCGGAACCGGGAAGGUGUUUGCCCGAGACAUCGUCGAGGCUCACUACAAGUGUUGUCUGUACGCCGGCGUGACCAUCUCGGGCGUCAACGCGGAGGUGAUGCCGUCCCAAUGGGAGUUCCAAGUCGGCCCGUGCGAGGGCAUCGACAUGGGCGACCACCUGACCAUGGCCCGAUUCCUCCUCUACCGAGUCACCGAGGACUGGGGCAUCAAGGUCUCCUUCCACCCCAAGCCCUUGGCCGGCGACUGGAACGGCGCCGGCGCACACACCAACUACUCCACCGUCGCCACCCGCCAGCCCGGCGGGAUCAAGGCGAUCCACGAGUACAUCGAGAAGCUCGGCAAGCGCCACAACGAGCACAUCGCCGUCUACGGCGCCGAUAACGACCAGCGUCUCACUGGCCGCCACGAGACCGGACACAUCGGGAACUUCAGCUCCGGCGUCGCUCACAGAGGCGCCUCGAUCCGGAUCCCCAGACACGUCGAGGCGACCGGCGAGGGCUACUUGGAAGACCGUCGUCCUGCUUCCAACAUCGACCCCUACCAAGUCACCGGGAUCAUCGUCGAGACCACGUUACUCCAAUAA